CCUUUAGCGGGAGGGCGGGGGCAGCCCCGGGGACGGCCUCGGCCGGGCUAGAAGAGCCCGUUGUGCGCAGGAAGUGCGAUCCAGCUCCGGCCGCUCGCCGUCCCCGGGGUUCGCCGGAAUCCGCAGGGUUAACAGGGGCUGGUGGGUCCCGGACGUAAGGAGGUGCCGUCCGGCACAGAGGGUCUUCACAUCGCACGCGGGCGGGUCUGCGCCAGCGGCUCGGAUCCCCGCAGGAGAACCGGGCGCGCCGGGGUUAAUCCCUCGGGCCCAGAAGGGGGGGCAGACCCCGAACCCCAGGAUCAGAGACAGCAGGGUCCCGGGCCAGGACCAGAGUGCCUGCUUCCGAUGCCGUUCCCCUCGGGCUGCGUGAGCGCCGGCCGGGCCUCUGCCGCAGACAUGGACAAACUCAGCGCCCUGCAGGAGCAGAAGGGCGAGCUGCGCAAGCGGCUGUCCUACACCACUCACAAGCUGGAGAAGCUGGAGACGGAGUUUGACUCCACUCGCCACUUCCUGGAGAUUGAGCUGCGGCGCGCUCAGGAGGAGCUGGACAAGGUCACUGAGAAACUGCGCAGGAUUCAGAGCAACUACAUGACGCUGCAGCGUGUCAACCAGGAGCUGGAGGAUAAGCUGUACCGGAUGGGCCAACACUAUGAGGAAGAGAAGCGUGCGAUGAGCCAUGAGAUUGUCGCCCUCAACAGCCACCUGCUGGAAGCCAAGGUGACCAUUGACAAGCUGUCGGAGGACAACGAGCUCUAUAGGAAGGACUGCAAUCUAGCGGCCCAGCUGCUGCAGUGCAGCCAGACCUACGGCAGGGUCCAUAAGGUGUCCGAGCUACCCUCGGAUUUCCAGGAGCGUGUGAACCUGCACAUGGAGGAGCAUGGCUGCAGCCUUCCUUCUCAACGCUGCCACCCUGUCUACGCUGACAGCGUGCCCACCUGCGUCAUCGCCAAGGUGCUAGAGAAGCCAGACCCUGGCAGUCUGUCCUCGCACCUGUCGGAUGCCUCGGUCUGCGACCUGGGCUUCCGCGAUGGGGUGGAGAAGUCGGGCGCACGACCCCAGUACAAGGAAGACAUCUACUGCAGCGACACGGCUCUGUACUGCCCCGAAGAGCGUCAGCAUGACCGGCGACCCAGCGUGGACACGCCGGUGACCGAUGUGGGCUUCCUGCGGGGGCAGAAUUCCACCGACAGCGCAGCGGAUGAGGAGGAGGAAGCCGAGGCGGCAGCCUACCCUGAGGCCUACCGCCGCGAUGCCUUCCCGGGCUACGCGGCCUCGCUGCCCACUUCCAGCUCCUACUCGAGCUUCAGCGCCACGUCCGAGGAGAAGGAGCACGCGCAGGCCAGCACGCUGACCGCCUCGCAGCAGGCCAUCUACCUGAAUAGCCGCGACGAGUUCUUCAACCGCAAGCCGCCCUCCGCCACCUAUGGGAGCAGCCCUCGCUUCGGCAAGGCCUCGGCCACCCUGGCCUCCCCGCUGGAGGCCCAGGUGGCCCCAGGCUAUGCUCGGACAGUGUCUCCGUACCAGGCCGAGUCCUACCGCUUCCCGACCUCUCCAGGUCCCCAGCCGGCUCUGAUGCCUCCAAACCUGUGGAGCCUGAGGGCCAAGCCAAGCGGUAACCGGCUUGCUGGAGAGAACAUUCGAGGCCAGUGGCGCCCCGUGAGCGUGGAGGAUGUCGGCGCCUACAACUACCAGGCUGGCGCCGGAGGUCGCGCCUCGCCCUGCAACUUCGCAGACCGUUUCUACCGCGGCUCUGGCCGCGGUGGCGGUGGCCGCGGCAGCCCAGGCAACGCUGAGGGCCGUGGCAGCCCCCUCUACGCCAGCUACAAAGCUGAUAGUUUCUCGGAGGGCGAUGACCUCUCCCAGGGCCAUCUGGCUGAGCCCUGCUACCUCCGAGCAGGUGGCGAUCUGAGCCUCAGCCCUAGCCGUUCAGUUGACCCUGGCUACGCAGCCAGUGAUGGGGAUGGGGAUAGGCUGGGCGUGCAGCUGUGCGGGGCUGGCAGCAGCCCCGAGCCCGAGCAUGGUUCCAGGGAUUCCUUGGAGCCCAGCUCCAUGGAGGCCUCUCCUGAAAUGCACCCUCCUACCCGUCUCAGCCCCCAGCAGGCCUUCCCCAGGACUGGAGGGUCCGGGCUGAGCCGUAAAGACAGCCUCACUAAGGCCCAGCUCUACGGAACCCUGCUCAACUGACUGCUACCAGCAGGCUGCAGUCAGGGGCCCCCGCCUGUCCUGCCCCAAACAGGGAGUAGUCAGCCCCCACGUGCCCAACCCCUGCCAAGGAACUCUAGUUCCUUUGACCCCCUUACCAACACCCCAGUAAAACCUGAAAGAGCAACCCUCUCUGCUAAGCGUCUUGUUCACCCCAGCCUCUGCUACAAACUCCCCCCAGAAUAUUUACACGCUGCGCCCUUCCCUGAAGUGAGCAUCCCCCGUUUUAUAAGUGAAAGUAUUUUUGUAGGGAAAAGGGUGUUGCUUCACGAGCUUGCCUCCAGCUUUUGGAUGGCAGCCUUCGCAUUCCCCACAUGAAGCUCCUUCACUUCCAGUGAGGGUGUAUGGGGUCUGCCCUGGAGAAGGGGAGGCAGGGGUCCUAGGGGGACCAGUCUCCACAGGUGGGGAGAAGCUAGCAAGCCAGCAGCAAGGAAAGCCAGAUGUUCUGUCCACUGAGAGGGGGGACCAAAGCCACUUAGGGCGCAGAAAACGUCUUACGCACCCACCCCAUAGUGCAGUCAGCACUCUGCCCUGAUCUACCCUGAGCUCUUCUCCCAUGGCCCGGCCUGUGGGCCCAAGAGGGGCCAGAAACACCCCCAGAACAGCCGGUGCUCGCUCCUCCGCUCCCCCUCCCAGUACCACCUGACUCUACCUCAGGUAUGAGGCUCCUCCCACUCCCCACCCCUACCCCACUCCUUGUGAAGUUGUCUUCUGUGAUGCAUGCUGUCAACUAGUACUGUGUGUUCUGUGGUCCGCACUCCCGACUCCUUCAACUCAACUACUCCCGACUCCUUCAACUCCUUUAACUCCUUCAAGUCCUUCAAGUCCUUUAACUCCUUCAACUCAACUCCUUCAAGUCCUUCAACUCCCGACUCCUUCAACUUAACUCCUGACUCCUUCAACUCAACUCCCGACUCCUUCAACUCCUUUAACUCCUUCAAGUCCUUUAACUCCUUCAACUCAACUCCUGACUCCUUCAACUCAACUCCUAACUCCUUCAACUCAACUCCUGACUCCUUCAACUCAACUCCCAACUCCUUCAACUCAACUCCUGACUCCUUCAACUCCUUCAAGUCUCUCAACUCCUUAAGUCCCUCAACUCCUUCAAGUCCUUCAACUCAACUCCUUCAAGUCCUUCAACUCAACUCCUGACUCCUUCAAGUCCCUCAACUCCUUUAACUCCUUCAACUCCCUCAACUCCUUCAACUCCCUCGACUCCCUUAACUCCUUUAACUCCUUAAUAAAGCACAGCAGUGAAGA